GUACUCACUGUGGAAGUGCCCCGCCGUCAUCUCCUUCGUCCUCGCGACAAAGGGAAGAGGAAGCCACUAUCUACACCUCCAUUUCCCAGAUGACAAAACUGAGGCCCAGAGACAUCAGGGUAACCUGCCCGAGGUCACCUCUAGUAGAAUCUGAGCCAAGAACAGACCUCGGGUCUGACUGAUUCCAAGACUGUGGACGGGUCGUUAUUUAUACCAACUGACCAUGAAAGGCGCCAGGUUGACAGCACUGGAAACUGAAUUACCAAUUGUCCCCAGAACAGCCUGGUAGUGGCACCAAUGAAGAGCCUUCAGAGUCUUUAAUGAACGUCCUGGACCCGGCACAGCACAUCCGUGUAAGAAAAUGGCCCAACAAGCCAAUAUUGGGGAGCUGCUCCCCAUGCUGGACUCCCCCGUGCUGAGUGUGCGUGAGGACGUCACAGCUGUCUUGAAAGAGAACCUCAAUUCUGACCGCGGUCCGAUGCUUGUGAACACCUUGGUGGAUUAUUACCUGGAAACCAGUUCUCAGCAAGUGUUGCACAUCCUGACCACCUUGCAAGAGCCACACGAUAAGCACCUCUUGGACAAAAUGAAUGAAUAUGUAGGCAAAGCCGCCUCUCGGUUACCCACCCUCUCGUUGCUGGGGCACGUCAUCCGGCUGCAGCCGCCCUGGAAGCAUAAGCUCUCUCAAGCACCUCUUCUGCCUUCUCUGCUAAAAUGUCUCAAGGUGGACACUGAUGUCAUCGUCCUCACAACAGGCGUCUUAGUGUUGAUAACCAUGCUACCAAUGAUUCCACAGUCAGGGAAACAGCACCUUCAUGAUUUCUUUGAUAUUUUUGGCCGUCUUUCAUCGUGGUGCCUCAAGAAACCAGGCCACGUGGCAGAAGUGUACCUUGUCCAUCUCCACACCAGUGUCUACGCUCUCUUCCAUCGCCUCUAUGGGAUGUACCCUUGCAACUUUGUCUCCUUUCUGCGCUCCCACUACAGCAUGAAGGAGAACCUGGAGACCUUCGAGGAAGUGGUCAAGCCAAUGAUGGAGCAUGUACGGAUUCACCCAGAACUAGUGACCGGAUCCAAGGACCAUGAACUGGACCCUCGGAGGUGGAAGAAAUUAGAAACCCACGAUGUUGUAAUAGAGUGUGCCAAAAUCUCUCUGGACCCUACAGAAGCCUCGUAUGAAGAUGGCUAUUCUGUGUCUCACCAAAACUCAGCCCGCUUUCCUCCGCGUUCAGCCGAUGUCACCGCAAGCCCUUUUGUUGACAUGCAGAAUAGCUAUGGGAGCAUGACCUCCACCCCUCACCCUGCUUCCCGGCCGGUGUCAUCCAGCACGCCGGGGCAGCUACCUCCGGCUCUGAGUUCCCCUGCGACACGGCUGUUACCUGAGCCACCACAGGCUACUCUCUGGAGCCCCUCUGUGGUCUGUGGCAUGACCACUCCUCCCACGUCUCCUGGGAACGUCCCGUCUGAUGCGUCCCACCCUUACAGUAAAGUCUUUGGUGCCACUGGUGGAAAAGGAACUCCCUUGGGAACCCCAGCAACCUCUCCUCCUCCAGCCCCACUCUGCCAUUCAGAUGACUGCGUGCAUGGUUCGCUCCCACACCCCACAGCCACACACCCCCGGAAGGAGGAGAGAACAGAUUCGGCCAGGCCCUGUCUGCACAGACAACACCAUCUUCCCAACGACCGAGGACCAGAGCAGCUCUCUGGCAGCAAAGGCCCUGUCUCUCUGACCGACCUUCCAGGGUUUCUGGGCGGCCUGUCCUCCGAAGAAGACAGCGCGGAAAAAGACCGAGAGGAAGCGGCAAUAUCUAAAGAGCUUUCUGAGAUCACGGUGCCUGACGCUGAGCCUCUGGUUCUUCGAGGAGGCUUUGACUCCCCCUUCUACCGGGAGGGUCUCCCGGGCUGUCUAAGGAAGACCCCGUCAACUGCCUCCGCUCAGGGCGCCGAUGCACACCCCGAGCCUUCAACCUCCUCCCUGGACAAGCUUGGGCCUGACACACCAAAGCAAGCCUUUACUCCCAUAGAGCGGCCCUGUGGGGGUGCUGACGAGGGCCCUGCCGGGAGCAGGGAGCGCCAGACCCCUCUGGACACCAGUAUCCUCACUCCCAGCCCUUGUAAAAUUUUGUCUCAGAGGGGCCCGAACUUUGGAAGUGGGCAGCCUUACCCCUACGAUCAUCUUUUUGAGGUGGCAUUGCCAAAGACUGCCCAUCAUUUUGUCAGCAAGAAGACCGAGGAACUAUUAAAGAAAGCUCGAGGAAAUGCAGAGGAAGACUGUACACCCUCUGCCUCCCCGCUGGAGGUACUGGACAGGCUGAUCCAGCAGGGCGCCGACGCGCACAGCAAGGAGCUGAGCAGGUUGUCUUUACCCAGCAAGUCUGUCGACUGGACCCACUUUGGAGGCUCUCCUCCCUCAGAUGAGAUCCGCACCCUCCGUAACCAGUUGCUUUUACUGCACAACCAGUUGCUCUAUGAGCGUUUUAAGAGGCAGCAGCACGCUGUCCGGAAUAGGCGGCUCCUCCGCAGGGUGAUCAGAGCAGCGGCUCUGGAGGAGCACAACGCGGCGAUGAAAGACCAGUUGAAGUUACAAGAGAAGGACAUCCAGAUGUGGAAGGCCAGUCUGCAGAAUGAACAAGCCAAGUACAGCCAGCUGCAGGAGCAGCGAGACACAGUGGUCACCCAGCUGCACAGCCAGAUCAGACAGCUGCAGCAUGACCGAGAAGAGUUCUACAACCAGAGCCAGGAACUACAGACAAAGCUGGAGGACUGCAGGAACAUGAUUGCAGAGCUGCGCCUGGAGCUGAAGAAGGCCAACAGCAAGGUGUGCCACACUGAGCUGCUGCUCAGCCAGGUGUCUCAGAAGCUCUCCAACAGUGAGUCGGUCCAGCAGCAGAUGGAGUUCCUGAACAGGCAGCUGCUGGUUCUCGGGGAGGUCAACGAGCUGUAUUUGGAACAACUGCAGAACAAGCAUUCGGACACCACAAAGGAAGUGGAAGUGAUGAAAGCCGCGUACCGGAAGGAACUAGAGAAGAACCGAAGCCUUCUGCUCCAGCAGAGUCAGAGGCUUGACACCUCCCAGAAGCGGAUUCUAGAACUGGAAUCUCAACUGGCCAAGAAAGACCACCUUCUCCUGGAACAGAAGAAGUAUUUGGAGGACGUCAAACUGCAGGCGAGAGGACAGCUGCAGGCCGCCGAGAGCAGGUAUGAGGCUCAGAAAAGGAUCGCCCAGGUGUUUGAGUUGGAGAUCUUGGAUUUGUACGGCAGGUUGGAGAAAGACGGCCUCCUGAAAAAGCUUGAAGAUGAGAAAACAGAAGCGGCAGAAGCAGCAGAAGAAAGGCUUGACUGUUGUAAUGACAGCUGCUCGGAUUCUGUGAUAGGGCACAGAGAAGAGGCAUCUGGCCACAACGGUGAGACCAAGGCCCCCAGACCUGGCAGCACCCGGGGCAGUGGAGGAGGCCGAGGAGGUGGGGGCAGCAGCAGCAGCAGCCAGCUCUCCACCCCCGAGAAACCCCCAACCCAGAGGGCAGGCCCGUUCAGCAGUCGGUGGGAAACCGCCAUGGGUGAGCUCUCCACCAGCAUCCCCACGACUGUUGGCUCGCUUCCCAGUUCUAAAAGCUUCCUGGGCAUGAAGGCUCGAGAGUUAUUUCGUAAUAAGAGCGAGAGCCAGUGUGAUGAGGACGGCGUGACCAUCAGUAGCCUUUCUGAGACGUUAAAGACAGAACUGGGCAAAGACUCGGGUGUAGAAGUCAAGACUCCCCUGAACCCUGACGGCCUGCACCCACCUCCCCCGAAUCCGGACAGUGUUGGACAGCUCCGUAUCAUGGACUACAACGAGACUCAUCAGGGACACAGCUAAGGGUGGUGGCCAAUCAGUGUUAAAUUGCGUGCUGCUGGUGUAGACCAGGAGGUGUGGAUGCCGUUUCCCAGCUUCUUGUGUCCAGGGUUUGAGUGGCUGGCUCAGGCGGCGGAGGUGGGAUGGAGGGCCUUUGGACAGCUUACUGGAUGCUGAAGGGUUUUGGGAUCUGGCAUUGAAAUGCCUCAGCACGCCCCCCCCCCCCUCCCAUCGACCUAGCAGUGUGUACUAACCGAGGGCCAGUUUGCAUUCCUCCGUAGCUUUAUUUUCUUCCUUCCCCUCAAGGUUGCAUCCUUUGAACCAGUGCAAUAUGAGGCCAAACUUCUCUUUGAGUAUAACACAGAGCUGGGCUGGCUCUCGUACCCAGGUCACGGUGGCACUGCAGGUAACGCUGUCUGCCCUACACGAGGCAGCAUGCUAGGCUGAGACCUCGCGAGCGCUUUUACGGGGGACUUUCCCUGCUCUGGGUUCUGAAGUUCAGCAUCUGAAGCAGUGGUCUAGGAAACGGUGUUCAGCCCCCUUACGUUCUUCUGGCAGUUCCGGUGAGCUUCCUAGGACGUGCUGUGUGAGCAAGGCUGUUGUCGGGCAGUUCCGGUGAGCUUCCUAGGACGUGCUGUGUGAGCAAGGCUGUUGUCGGGCAGUUCCGGUGAGCUUCCUAGGACGUGCUGUGUGAGCAAGGCUGUUGUCGGGCAGUUCCGGUGAGCUUCCUAGGGCGUGCUGUGUGAGCAAGGCUGUCGGGCAGUUCCGGUGAGCUUCCUAGGACGUGCUGUGUGAGCAAGGCUGUUGUCGGGCAGUUCUGGAGCUGGCAUCGUGGGACCGCCGUCCUCUUUGGGACCACCGUCCCCUUCCCCACUACCUCUUAUUUAUUUGGUGUUUUCUCGAAAGCUGGUACUGGUCUGACCACAGGCUGGUGUGGGGAGUAAGCCUGCUGUCUGCAAAACGGAAGGGUGGUGGCGUGGGCAGUGACCCGAGAAACAGGUGUGGAUGAGGAGCUGCCCUCCAGGCGGGGCUGCCGGCGGUGCCUGUGUGUCCAGGCGCCGAGCGUCAGCUCUGUGGCGUUGCAGCAGGAAGGCUCUGAGGGCCAGAGAGUUUCUUCAGAGUUUACGUGACCGUUGGCUCAGGCUGUCAGAGCUGCCUCACUAAAGGAGGUUCUAGGCCACCAAAACGUAGGAGCUUGUUACCAAUCCUGACUUUCAGUGGCUGACUCCCUGGGGAGGCGAUGCGGCUGCCCUCCCACACGUUAGUGAUGGCAGAGCGUUUUCCAGCCGGGUCCUGGAGAUGCCGACAGGGUCUGGCGGCCGGGGACCCACGGGCUGCUGCACAAGUGUGCUCAGGAGCGGUGACACCGGCCAGGACACUGCAGUGGCAGAGAGCCAAACUCGGCAGAUGCUCCUGAAAUAAAAGCCAGAGCCUAAGAACGCUCGGCUGAUGCUCCCGCGGAGGCGAGGAGACUGCUGUCCCUUUCUGGCCUCUGAGUUUAGUCCAGCGGGUUCAGCCCGAGGAGGAAACGACGCACUGUGACAGGAAAGGGCCCGCUGCCCACCGGAGCCUCCAGCUGAGGGUGCAAGUCUUUCUUAAAGUGUGGCCAUAAGUAUCCUGGCAGCCCUCAGCAAAGGGCCAGAGGAGGAGAGGCUCCGUGUCCCCACGGCCGUGUGGGCAGACUCCCAGGACGGGUUGCAGGCGGGUCGCUGCCCUGUUGUGGGGUGUCCCACGUGGAGUUCAUGCCGCCUGUUUUUACCUGUGUCCAAAGCAAAGCUGAGAGUCAGAUGCGUUCUAGUUGCCUAGUUCAGAUCUAGAAAAACAGCUCCAGAGAGAAGCAGUGUCACGGGGAGCUGUGGAAACCGUACUGUGGGAACCUGCUCUGAGUGCUGACCCCGCCCCAGCCCAGGACACACCGGGCGCUUUAGCUGCAGCGUUUUCUGACCGGCAGGGCAGGGGCCCCUGGAAGGACAGGGACGGCUCUUAAAACGGGCAGAUUGCAAAGCUGCAGGGACGGAGGAGAGGAGGCUGUGUGGUGAAGUGGGCUGAGGCCUGGGCGUCCGCCCGCUCACCGGAACCACGGCUGAGCCCUUGGAACUGUGCUCAGACUCCUGGGUUCUGGGGGCCUGCAGUCACGCUGGGUCACCCAGCACGUGGCCUGACAUUGACCAGGGUGGGCACAGACCUGAGAAGACGAGGCUGCUGCUGGGCUCGCACGGGGCCCACGAAAGGGGCCUUGUCACCCAGGGGGGGAGGGAGGCAGCAGCACCUCUCCCAGGGGGGCCUUCCUGGUUCUCUGCAGGCGAGUCAGCACACGGAUCUGGCCGACAGGAAUUGAGGGGUUAAAAAAGCUUCGCCAGGUCCUGCCAUAACGUAUAACAAUUGUUCCUGUGGGACUGGGAGUGAAUAUGAAAACUGACUGAAGCCCAAAGGUAGGAGAGAAAGGCCAUUUCUUGGGCCGAGAAGUUUUAAGGAUUCUCCUUGGAGAUGAAGUGACCAGCUUUGUAGGGCAGGUGGGUAGAUGUGCCCGCCCUAGGCUUGUCAGCAGAGUUGUUAGGAGAGAGCUGCCGAACUUCGGGAGUGAGUGCUGACGGUCCUUGUUAGACUCCACGAGCGGAGAGACGCCAGAUAACCUCUGUGAGCCAGGAUAUAUGUGCAGCCUUUAGGGGGUGGUCCAGACUCUUCUCGAAAGGUAGCAGUUACAAUCCAGGAUCAGUUACAAUCCACUGACCACUGGAAACAUUAGCCCACGUGCUACCUUGGCCAGCGAGGCCAGCACACCCCUGGGCAGAUCAGGACAGCAGGAGCAGAACCCCAGGCUCAGCCGUCCCCAUUCGCAGUGGGACAUGGUUCUGGGUCCUUGUGAGAACGAUGAAGCUGGCAGCUGUGUAGACGAGGAGUGCCGUGCCCACGGGGAUGAGGGGCUGGUGCAGAGCUGCGGGGCUUCUGUGUGGAGGCUGACAGACGUGCUCAGGCUAGCCCGCAGGACGGUCACCGAAUACGAGAACAGACCGCUCGAAGCCGGAAGGACAUGACGAGCUGCCCAGACGCCCGGUCUUCCUGAGCGUGGGCACUAGGAGGUGGGGGGUGUGGGCAGGUUUGUGGAGGGUUUGGGCGGAGGGGAGGCGCCGUCCAGACUGCAGUGGAGGUGGCGUGCCCCUGCCCUGUGCGGCACAGAGGCCAGCCCUCUCUUCGGAGUGGUCCGGGAGCAGCCCAGCCCCACCCAGGAGUGUGCAUCCCUUGGGAAGAGAGCUCUUAUGGGGGACUGAGAUCGGCACCUUUCUCUGCUGCAUUGUCACUGUCUGAGGUACAUGCUUUAAAACGGACCAGCAAUGAGGACUGGACAGCAUAUCUGGUCUGAAGAUGUUCGUGUGUCUGUUUACAUCCAGAGUUCUGUGACACACACCCCCCCGCCCCCCCCCGUCCC